AUGCCGUCCCUGCGGGCGCUGGCCCUCUCCGCGUGCGCCCUGCUCGGCUGGGCGGCGCUGGGCGGCGCGGGCGGCGGCGGCGAGAGGCGCCGGGGGAGAGAGCCGCCGCCGCCGGCGCCGCAGACGAUCGAGGUGCUGGUGCUGCUGCCGCGGGACGACGCGUACCCGUUCUCGCUGGCCCGCGUGCGGCCGGCCAUCGAGUACGCGCUGCGCGGCCUGGAGGCCAACGGCACGGGCGCGCGGCUGCUGCCGCCGGGCUCGCGCUUCCAGGUGGCCUACGAGGACUCGGGCUGCGGCAACCGCGCGCUCUUCAGCCUGGUGGACCGCGUGGCGGCGGCGCGCGGCGCCCGGCCCGACCUGCUGCUGGGCCCGGUGUGCGAGUACGCGGCGGCGCCCGUGGCGCGGCUGGCGGCGCACUGGGACCUGCCCAUGCUGUCGGCGGGCGCGCUGGCCGCCGGCUUCCAGCGCAAGGACGCCGAGUACUCGCACCUGACGCGCGUGGCGCCCGCCUACGCCAAGAUGGGCGAGAUGCUGCUCGCGCUGUUCCGCCACCACCAGUGGCGCCGCGCCGCGCUGCUCUACAGCGACGACCGGCUGGAGCGCAACUGCUUCUUCACCCUGGAGGGCGUCCACGAGGUGUUCCAGGAGCAGGGCCUGCACACGGCCGCCUACAGCUUCGACGAGGCCCACGACCUGGACCUGGAGGACAUCGUGCGCUUCCUCCAGGCCAGCGAGCGAGUGGUGAUCAUGUGUGCGAGCAGCGACACCAUCCGGGGCAUCAUGCUGGCGGCGCACCGGCACGGCAUGACCAGCGGGGACUACGCCUUCUUCAACAUCGAGCUCUUCAACAGCUCCUCCUACGGAGACGGCUCCUGGAGGAGAGGGGACAAGCACGACUUUGAAGCUAAGCAGGCGUACUCGUCCCUCCAAACGGUCACUCUGCUGCGGACGGUGAAGCCCGAGUUUGAGAAGUUCUCCAUGGAGGUGAAGAGUUCUGUGGAGAAACAGGGCCUCAGCGAGGAGGAUUACGUGAACAUGUUCGUGGAAGGGUUCCACGACGCCAUCCUGCUCUACGUGCUGGCUCUGCACGAAGUGCUCCGGGCCGGCUACAGCAAGAAGGACGGAGGCAAGAUCAUCCAGCAGACCUGGAACAGGACCUUCGAAGGCAUCGCCGGGCAGGUGUCCAUAGACACGAACGGGGACCGGUACGGGGACUUCUCGGUGAUCGCCAUGACGGACGCAGAGGCGGGCACCCAGGAGGUGAUCGGCGAUUACUUCGGGAAGGAAGGUCGCUUUGAGAUGCGACCCAACGUCAAGUACCCGUGGGGGCCCCUGAAGCUGCGGCUGGAGGAGACCCGGCUGGCGGAGCACAGCAGCGGCGCCCCCUGCAAGUCCUGUGGCCUGGAAGAGUCAGCAGUCACAGGAAUUGUGCUGGGGGCCUUACUAGGAGCUGGUUUGCUAAUGGCUUUCUACUUUUUCAGGAAGAAAUACAGAAUAACCAUUGAGAGACGAAGCCAGCCGGAAGAAAGUAACGUCGGGAAACACCGGGAGCUUCGGGAAGAUUCCAUCAGAUCCCACUUUUCCGUGGCUUAA